ACGAUACGAAAAACAAAAGCAUUCCACAGUUUCAUCGAUUGUAUUCGGUGUAAAUUCAGCAAUCUUCGGGUGUUUUGAGCUUGUCUCGACAAUAUCCCUCGAAAUUGGAUUAAAUUUUGGACUUUGGAUCGGAUCUUGAUUACUUUCUCAAAUAAUUUAAGAUGUCGCAUUCGUUGGCAUCUUUGACAGCAACUUACACAGACUCCGAGAAUGAGGACGAGGAGGAGCCAGGUCACGAGGCUGGAAUUGUGACCCUCACUGAGGAAAGCAGCCUUUCAAAACCGCCAUCACCUGCGCAAGCAUUGGGCCGAGUGAGAAGAAAACGGGCCCACCUCAAUCGGCUUGUGUCCUACCAAGACGCAGAUAAUGUGUCUUCAGAGGGCGAAGACACAGACAAUGAAUACACAGACGAGGAAAUGUUGGAAGACGGCAAGGACCAGGACGCUGAGGCUGAAGCUGCCCUGAAUGCCGUUAAGAAGGAAGUCAGACGACCAGUCCCCACUGACGUCCAAAUGCCUGAAGAACCAAAAGGAAAAUGUUCAGAGGAGCACGUUAAACGAGUUCUGAAGCAAUUUGAAAAGGUACAAAACGGACUAGACGUGAACGCAAUAUUCCAGAGGCGGAAAGACUUCAGAAAUCCUAGUAUUUACGAAAAAUUGCUUCUUUACUGCAACAUAAACGAGCUCGGCACCAACUACCCUCCACACAUGUACGAUCCGACCCGCUGGGGCAAAGACUCUUACUAUGAGGAGCUGUCUAAAGUGCAGAAAAUCGAGAUGGACAAGAAGGAAAAGGAGAAGAAGGAGAAAGCAAAGGUCGAGAUCGUCACUGGCACGGCGAGAAAGCCGCCCACACUGCUGCUCCCGACAGGCGGAGCUACGCUUAAACCUUCCGCCGCUUUGGCGACUGCUGCGGCCACGGCAGCGUCCAUCGAAGAGAAGAGGAAGUCUAAGUGGGACCAAGUUGGAAAUUCUGUAUUGACUGCUAAUGUGACUGGAACGAAGGGAACUGUUAUCUCUGCGUUUGGCUCGCUGCCUAAGAGGCCAAAGAUUUGAGUGACUGUGUUAAUCACAACUAUUAAUGCAAUGUAAAAUAAACGCUUAGCUUUAAAUUUA